AUGCCUAUCCCAGACUACGGCGCAGCUCCUCUAGCCAAGACGUUCAUGCUCACCCGUGGGCUUGCACUGUUCGCCAUGGUCUGCAUCGUCGGUUUGACUGCGAACUUCGUUUCCGAGAUCGUCAGCACGAAUAUCGACCCACCUCGCGAAGUCAUUGCAACGCUCACAAUCACCUGCCUGGCAGCACUCUAUUGUUUGAUCAGCAUACCGUUCUUUUACGCUCGCGCCAACCUCGGACUCUUCAUCAUGGCAGGCCUUGAUGCUUUGCUCUGCUUAGCAUUUGCCAUCGUCUCGAUCGUUCUUGGCAGGCCAUUGAGCUUCCUGAAUUGCGCCGUCGUCGCGAACGCAGAUGCGGCCGCCAACGCACAAUCGGCUUCUGCCUUUACACAGAGUCUAGCAUCGAAUUUGGGCAAGAGUGGAAGCACCCUUGGGCUCGGGAACUGGGCUGGAAGCACAAAGGUCAAUUGCUACGAGACCAAGGCGCUCUGGGGACUAUGCAUUUCGUGCUGCAUUCUCUUCACAUGCAGCAGCCUCAUUCUUCCGACACUCUGGCUAAAGGCGAAGCGAGCUGGUGUGCCGGCGGCCAAGUCGAUGGCUCGAGGAUUUGUUGGGAGGCUUCGCAGACACGAGAUUGAGCAGAGCGCAGGGAGUGGCUGCUUUGACUGCCGUGCUACCGGCUUAUCGGUCUGA